CCAUGAUUAGAUAGUGAACAACCCCAUGAUUAGAUAGUGAACAACCCCAUGAUUAGAUAGUGAACAACCCCAUGAUUAGAUAGUGAACAACCCCAUGAUUAGAUAGUGAACAACCCCAUGAUUAGAUAGUGAACAAUCCCAUGAUUAGAUAGUGAACAACCCCAUGAUUAGAUAGUGAACAAUCCCAUGAUUAGAUAGUGAACAACCCCAUACCAUGAUUAGAUAGUGAACAAUCCCAUGAUUAGAUAGUGAACAAUCCCAUACCAUGAUUAGAUUUCAGAAAUGCUUUGAACAAUAAAAGCUAAUUUACUAACAUUUCUGAAAAGUGAUAUAUAGUGUUUUGGAAUGAAACUCUUAUGUUUCCCCAUCUGAGCUCAGAGUAGAUGAGAGAUGUAAUGUUUGUCUCUGUUGUGUUGAAGACCAAUCAAGCAGGAGAGACCAGCCUCCCCUGUUCCCAGCUGUGUGUCCAUGAAGAGUGACUGGUCUAUGCAUCAACCUAUAGUGUUUAGAGAGGGAGACUUUUCUACUGAACAAAGAAACCAACAGGAGAGAUCAGAGUCAGAGAUUCUCAGUGGUCAGUCUUCCCAGAGUCAUCAAACAGACCUGGCCUCCAUAUUCAGUUUGCUUGAAGAGAAAAUUAUGACAUUUGUGAAGAACGAGCUGAAGAUGUUCAAGAGGAUUCUUAGUCCAGAACUCCCAGAAGGCUUUGAGAGUCAGAAACGGGAUAAGGAAGUGGUGGAUGCUGAAGAUGAGAAGCAGGAGAGCAGUGCCAGAGAGGGGGCUCUGAAGAUCACACUGCACAUCCUGAGGAAAAUGAACCAGAAGGAGCUUGCUGACACACUGGAGAAAUAUUCAGAUGAGCUCGCUGUGAUUUGCCAACGUGAACUCAAAUCUAAUCUAAAGAAGAAGUUUCAAUGUAUAUUUGAGGGGAUCGCUAAACAAGGAAACCCAACACUUCUCAAUAAGAUCUACACAGAGCUCUACAUCACAGAGGGUGGAACAGGAGAGGUCAAUAAUGAACAUGAGCUGAGACAGAUUGAAACAACAACCAGGAAACAAGCAAGACCAGAGACUGCAAUCAAAUGUAACGACAUCUUCAAACCCUUAACUGGACAAGACAAACGUAUCAGAACUGUGCUGACAAAGGGAGUCGCUGGCAUUGGAAAAACAGUCUCUGUGCAGAAGUUCAUUCUGGACUGGGCUGAAGGAAAAGCAAAUCAGGAUGUCCAAUUCGUAUUUUCAUUCCCUUUUAGGGAGCUGAAUUUGAUGAAAGGGGACAAACACACUUUCAUUGAACUUCUUAAUCACUUCUCAAUGGAAACCAAACAAUCAAGAAUCUCCAACUACGACAAGUACAAAGUUCUGUUCAUCUUUGAUGGUCUGGAUGAGUGCCGACUGCCCCUAGACUUCCAGAAGAACAAGAUCUGUUGGGACGUCACAGAGUCAACCUCAGUGGAUGUUCUGCUGACAAAUCUCAUCAAGGGAAAUCUGCUUCCCUCUGCUCUCCUCUGGAUAACUACCCGACCUGCAGCAGCCAAUAAGAUCCCUUCAGGGUGUGUUGACCAGGUAACAGAGGUACGAGGGUUCAAUGACCCACAGAAGGAGGAGUACUUCAGGAAGAGAUUCAGUGAUGAGGACCUGGCCAGCAGAAUCAUCUCACACAUAAAGACAUCAAGGAGCCUCCACAUCAUGUGCCACAUUCCAGUCUUCUGUUGGAUUUCUGCAACAGUCCUUGAACACAUGCUGAAACAUAAGAGAGAAGAGAUGCCCAAGACUCUGACUGAGAUGUACACACACCUUGUGGUGUUUCAUACCAAACAGAAGAAUGAAAAGUAUCUUGGGAAAGAAGAGACAGGUCCACACUGGAAUAAAGAGAUCAUUCUGUCACUGGGAAAACUGGCUUUUCAACAGCUUGUGAAGGGCAAUCUGAUUUUCUAUGAAGAAGACCUGAAAGAUGCUGGCAUUGAUGUUAAUGAAGCCUCAGUGUACUCAGGAUUGUGCACACAGCUCUUUAAAGAGGAAUGUGUGCUGUACCAGGACAAGGUGUACUGCUUCGUUCAUCUGAGCAUUCAGGAGUUUCUGGCUGCUGUAUAUGUGUUCCUCUCAUUCAUCAACAACAAUCAGAAUCUCAUGGACAAACUGCAAUCAACGUCCAGGAACUUUUCUGUGAGGAUCAAACAAAGGCGUAAAGUUACUGUCUACAAGAGUGCUGUGGAUAAAGCCUUACAAAGUGAGACGGGAAACCUGGACCUUUUCCUCCGCUUCCUUCUGGGCCUCUCACUGGAGUCCAAUCAGAAGUACUUACAAGGUCUACUGACAAAGUCAAGAAGCAGCUCACAGAGCCAUGAAGAAACAGUCGAGUACAUCAAGGAGAAGAUCAGGGAGAAUCCCUCUCCAGAGAGGAGCAUCAAUCUGUUCCACUGUCUGAAUGAACUGAAUGACCAUUCUCUAGUGGAGGAGAUCCAAAUAUACCUGAGAUCAGGAAGUCUCUCAAAACCCAACCUGUCACCUGCACAGUGGUCAGCUCUGGUCUUUGUGUUGCUGACUUCAGAAAAGGAGCUGGAUGUGUUUGACCUGAAGAAAUACUCCAGAUCAGAGGAAGGUCUUCUGAGGCUGCUGCCAGUGGUCAAAGCCUCCAGAGCUGUUCUGCUGUCAGGCUGUGGAGUCACAGAGGAAGGCUGUGCUUCUCUGGUCUCAGCUCUGGAGUCAAACCCCUCACACCUGAGAGAGCUGGACCUGAGUAACAAUGACCUGAAGGAUUCAGGAGUGAAGCUGCUCUCUGAUGGACUGGGGAAUCCCCACUGUAAACUGGAGACUCUGAGGUCAGUAUUCCUGUAGUUGGUCAACAAGUGAUAACUGUUCACCAGAUCCACAUGUGUUUACCAGACACACAUAGUCCACACCAUAUGUGUUUGGACAGUGAGGUUUACAGUUUUAAAUGUGGUGCUUUGCUAAAUCUGAUUCCUCACUGUCUGUCUUCUGACUGAUACUGCUUUUUAAACUGGUCUGGUCAGUCUACUAUAAUAUUUGUACUAUACAUGUUUCUAUCUGCAGGCAAUACUUUGAUCAUUUGUUAUUUUUUAUGAUGAUACACUAUUUUAUGAAUAGAUAUGGAAGGUUUCAGGACACUGAUAUAUCUGAAUAUGUUGAAAACAUUUACUGCCACUAUUUUCACCACCAAAGAAUAUCAGUGUGGUUUUAAUAUGAUUUGACUCUUUGCAGGCUGUCAGGCUGUCUAGUCACAGAGGAAGGCUGUGCUUCUCUGGUCUCAGCUCUGAGGUCAAACCCCUCACACCUGAGAGAGCUGGACCUGAGCUACAAUCACCCAGGAGACUCAGGAGUCAGACUGCUCUCUGCUGGACUGGAGGAUCCACACUGCAGACUGGAGAAACUCAAUGUGGAACAUGGUGGAGAGAACAGAAUGAAACCUGGGCUUAGAAAAUAUGUCUGUGAUCUCACACUGGACCCAAACACAGUAAACAGACACCUCUCUCUGUCUGAGGAGAACAGAAAGGUGACAUGUAGGAGAGAGGAGCAGCCGUAUCCUGAUCACCCAGAGAGAUUUGAGGUCUGGGGACAGGUGCUGUGUAGAGAGGGUCUGACUGGGCGCUGUUACUGGGAGGUUGAGUGGAGUGGGAGAAUGGGGGCUGGUAUAGGAGUGACAUAUAAAGGAAUCAGCAGGAGAGAAGGGGGUAAUGACUGUGGUCUUGGAUACAAUGACAAGUCCUGGAGUCGAGGAAGAGGAAGAGGACAACAGUUACACUGCCUGGCACAAUAAUAAUCCCACUACCAUAGACGUCCCCUCCUCCAGCUCCCACAGAGUAGGAGUGUAUCUGGACUGGCCAGCCGGCACUCUGUCCUUCUAUAGAGCCUCCUCUGACACACUGACCCACCUGAUCACAUUCACCUCCACAUUCACUGAGCCCCUCUAUCCAGGGUUUGGGGUUUGGUGGGAAGGCGACUCAGUGUCCCUGAAAUAAGUGAACACACUGGACAAAGACACACACACUGGACAGAGACACACACACUGGACAGAGACACACACACUGGACAGAGACACACACACUGGACA